UUUACACUCAGAGCAAUACCUGCAAUUGAGGUUUCCUCCCCAGGAGGCAGCUGCGUGUCAGUAUGGCCGAAGAGUUUGUGAACUGCAGAAUCCAGCCUGGGAAGGUGGUGGUGUUCAUCAAGCCCUCCUGCCCCUACUGCAAGAGGACCCAGGAGCUGCUCAGCCAACUGCCCUUCAAACAAGGGGUUUUGGAAUUUGUCGAUAUCACAGCCACCAGUGACACUAGCAAGAUUCAAGACUAUUUGCAACAGCUCACAGGAGCCAGAACAGUACCUCGGGUCUUUAUCGGUAAAGACUGUAUAGGCGGAUGCUCGGACCUAAUGGAAAUGCAUCAGAGUGGGGAGCUGUUGAAGCGGCUAAAACAGAUUGGAGCUCUACAGUAAUUAUAGGGCAGACCCCAGGAUGAUAUUCCCCUUGACAGCUGGAUGGCAUUUCAAAUGAAGACCACACUUCCUGGCGGAUGGAUCUGGGGCUAACAGCCACAGCAACUGUUUGCUUAAAAUUCUGAAAUGUGUUCACCAAAAAAAAGGGGGAGGGUGAAUUUUUUUUUUUUUUUUUGGCAAAAACAGUUUUUCCUUCUUUUGACUCCAUAUUAAAAGCAGACCAACUUGCCCCAAACCACAGGUCUGAGAAAGUUGAAGGACAUCUUGAGUUUCUUCUCCAUUGGCCCUUUGGGUUCCAAAAGACCAUGACAAGUUAUGACUUAGGAUUCACUCAACCCAAAAGACGUUCUUUCUCUUGGGCACAUGUCUCUUACUGUUCUCCAUAUGCUAGGACCCCUCGACCUCUAAGCCCGUGUUUCUCAACCAAGAUUACUCCAAGUCCCCUAGGAUGAAUCUAUAAUUGGUUUCCUGCUAUUGCCUCAAAGUUACUUUGUUGAGUUUAACUCGACAGAAUUUACAUUAUGAAAACAAUAAGUAUUUGGAAUGUUCUUUUUCAAGUUAUAUGUGUCUCCCCAGUCAUCCCCAUCCCACCCCAUCCUAUUUUGGGAAUCACUGCUUUGAAUCCAUGUUCUUAACCCUGACAACUCACAAAUCUCCUAGAAAAUGUUCAACAAUUCUGUGAAGGGUCUUAAGGACCCAACUUGGGAAAUGCCAUGUGAAACAUUAAGCACAGUUGCCAUUGCUGCAGGGAUCAGAGCUAUCAGUAUAGCAGCUGCAAUCAUGGGGGUCCUCAGUUGUGUAAGAUGGUCAUCCAGGCAAUCCGGAAGAACCAUGUAUUAACUGGCCUAGGUUAUCGAACAGAAGUCAAAUGCAGCAUUUAAAAUGUUAUCACAGAAAACUUGCAAACCCCUUCCCCAAAAGUAUGUCUGUAAAAGGGGCCAAAUUUGAGAAACAUGGUCCUAAAUGAUGGUCUCUCCCUCCUUUUUUCUUCACUCUGAAAACUGUACAGUUCUUUAUUGUGAAGUUUGAUCUAGAACUGCAGUAUUAAUUUCCUUCUGUGGUCUCUAGUGGGUAUGGUUAAUUUCUUUUCUAAUAAAUACCCAGAGGUGACAGUGAUUUUUUUGCCUAAUUCUUUUCUAUGUUCCUAGUACCUUAAGGAAUGGUAUUAAUGUAAAAGACAGCAAAUUAAAACUUGAUUCAUGUUUGUUCCCAACCAUUAUAAAUAAAGGCACAUGCUAUUGUCCUUCAUUAAGUA